UUGGGGAUUAAAAAUUUUUAUCUAUGAACCGGAUCCAAUCAAUCAGAAUGAGCAGACAUAAAUAAAAAAUAAAAUACAAAGCGUAUAUCAGGAUUUAAUCAAGUCCCGACCAAAAUGCACUCUAUCAGCACGGCGCGUCUUCCAGAGCUUCAUCUCCGAUAGUAAAAAGGUCUAGGGCCUACAAGUUUGAUUAUAGUUGCCCUGGAAAUGGGCGAUGGUCGGGCAGUCGCGGGCGGCAGCGGUGGCGGGGGAAGCAACCGGCCGGCGUGGCUACAACAAUACGAUCUAGUCGGUAAGAUUGGGGAGGGGACAUACGGGCUUGUGUUUCUGGCGAAGACGAAACUCCGCAAGAGCUGCAUCGCCAUCAAAAAGUUCAAGCAGUCAAAGGACGGCGACGGCGUCUCCCCCACCGCUAUCCGUGAAAUUAUGGAAAUCAUAAGAUAUCAUCGUGAAAAGCUUAACCAGCCUAUUAAUCAGUAUACUGUCAAGUCAUUGCUCUGGCAGCUGCUUAAUGGGCUGAACUAUCUUCACAGCAAUUGGAUUAUUCAUCGUGAUCUCAAGCCUUCUAAUAUAUUGGUCAUGGGUGAAGGAGAAGAACAAGGAGUUGUAAAGAUAGCUGAUUUUGGACUUGCUAGGAUUUACCAAGCUCCCUUGAAGCCUUUAUCUGAUAAUGGGGUCGUGGUAACUAUUUGGUAUCGGGCUCCUGAGCUUCUUCUUGGAGGAAAGCACUAUACGAGUGCUGUUGACAUGUGGGCAGUGGGCUGUAUUUUUGCCGAACUACUGACUCUUAAGCCAUUGUUUCAAGGGGCGGAAGUCAAAGGGACACCUAAUCCUUUCCAGGCUGAUCAACUGGACAAGAUUUUCAAGGUAUUAGGGAACCCUAACCCUGAAAAGUGGCCUACGCUAUCGUAUCUCCCACAUUAUCAGAGUGAUCAGCAUCAUAUUCAAACUGUUAAAUAUGAAAGCUCCUGUCUUCAUAGUUAUGUUCAUUUAGCUCUGAAGAGCCCUGCAUAUGAUCUCCUUUCAAAAAUGCUCGAAUAUGAUCCGCAGAAACGUAUAACUGCUGCACAGGCAUUGGAGCACGAGUACUUUCGAAUUGAUCCUCUACCCGGUCGGAAUGCUCUGGUACCAAUACAACCUGGAGAGAAAAUUAUCAAUUAUCCUGCUCGUCCUGUUGACACCUCUACUGAUUUUGAAGGAACAACCAGCAUCCAGCCCCCUCAACCGGUAUCAGCAGCUGUCGCUAUUCCUGGGAGUGUUGCAGCUUCAUCGGUUGUGCCUCCUAGAGCUGUUCCACGGCCGAUAUCCAUGCUUGGAAUGCAGAGAAUGCCACCUGCUAGCAUGGCAGCUUUCAACAUUGCCUCCCAAGCUGGCAUUGGGGGACUGAAUCCUGGAGGUAUUCCAAUUCAACGGGGUGCUGCAGCACAGGGACAUCCACAGCAGUUGAGGAGAAAAGAUCCUGGAAUGGGAAUGCAAAAUACAGGCUACCCUCAACAGAAGAGACGAUUCUAGCAAAAUAUUCAUCAGAAAAUGCAGGAGCAUUGCACGAUCAAGAAUGUCAUAUACCUGGCAACAGUGAGGCAUUCAAAAGAGAAAAUUGCAGAUUCUUGGUCAGAGAUUCGACUCCCAAGAUGAAGAUGAACUGUGGUACAUCCCUACAAUCUCGCAAUUCAAUAAUCUUAUUGAUCAAUCUAAAUUUGUCCGUGGGUGACACCAUAACUUUUUUAGUAAUAAAAGCUUAGAAAAAAAAAAAGAUCUAUGAUUUUACUACGAUUUGAAAGUAAAAAUGUGGGGAUAUGACUUGAUGUCCGAGGCCCAUCUUCUGCCCCCCUAUUAAUAGGUUUGGGAAGGCACAGUGCUAUGGGGAUUGAGUAAUAUAUGUAAAAUUAUGUAACAAGGUUUAAUUAGUGCUUAUUAUUAAAUGAAUAUCUAGCUUAUUUGUACCUUUCAAAAUACAUAAAGCUCCAUAAAUUCCAAGUAAACUGACAAAUUUAGAUGAAGCCUCAAGUGACUUAACUUUCAGCUGUCGAGCAGCUACAUGGGUUAGUUUACGUGAUGUUAGUGCCGAGUAAUAGUUUUAUCAAGUAUUGAGGAACAGAUUCAAAUAGCUUUCGGCACUGAGUUCGUCAUGCCUUGAUUUUGUAAAUUGCUAAAUGUUAGGUGCUACAAACUAAAUUGGCUCACAAAUAUUAAUAUAUAAAAAUUUCCUGCUUGGUUCA